AUGGAGAAGAUCUGGCACCACACCUUCUACAACGAGCUCCGUGUCGCCCCUGAGGAGCACCCCGUUCUCUUGACCGAAGCCCCCAUCAACCCCAAGUCCAACCGUGAGAAGAUGACCCAGAUCGUCUUCGAGACCUUCAACGCCCCCGCCUUCUACGUCUCCAUCCAGGCUGUCCUGUCGCUGUACGCCUCCGGUCGUACUACUGGUAUUGUUCUGGACUCUGGUGACGGUGUCACUCACGUCGUUCCCAUCUACGAGGGUUUCGCCCUCCCCCACGCCAUCUCGCGUGUCGACAUGGCCGGUCGUGACCUGACGGACUACCUCAUGAAGAUCUUGGCCGAGCGUGGUUACACUUUCUCCACUACCGCUGAGCGUGAAAUUGUCCGUGACAUCAAGGAGAAGCUUUGCUACGUCGCCCUCGACUUCGAGCAGGAGAUCCAGACCGCCUCCCAGAGCUCCAGCCUCGAGAAGUCUUACGAGCUUCCUGACGGCCAGGUUAUCACCAUUGGUAACGAGCGCUUCCGUGCUCCUGAGGCUCUCUUCCAGCCCAGCGUUCUGGGUCUCGAAAGCGGUGGUAUCCACGUCACCACCUUCAACUCCAUCAUGAAGUGUGAUGUUGAUGUCCGUAAGGAUCUGUACGGCAACAUUGUCAUGUCUGGUGGUACUACCAUGUACCCUGGUAUCUCCGACCGUAUGCAGAAGGAGAUCACCGCCCUUGCUCCUUCCUCGAUGAAGGUCAAGAUCAUUGCUCCUCCCGAGCGCAAGUACUCCGUCUGGAUCGGUGGUUCCAUCCUGGCCUCCCUCUCCACCUUCCAGCAAAUGUGGAUCUCCAAGCAGGAGUACGACGAGAGCGGUCCCUCCAUCGUCCACCGCAAGUGCUUCUAA